AAAUUGAUUGGCAAUGUCUGUGUAUCCGUUCACAGAGGCGCAGUGUUGGUAAUGGGUGCUGUCACGCUAAACGUCUGGGCGAGCGCGCUCCUGUACCACCCGGUAGAAUGGCACCUGGUGCCGGCUCGGCCUCCGGACGAUAGCGACGCGCACGAUAAUGGGGAGACCAUGUCGGUGACUGUCACCAGCACCCCUGAGCAAGCGACGGACAACAAGGGCAACAGCCAGCUGGCGUCACUGAGUAAUUCGACGAACGAAAAGGCCGCGCCGAUCGUGCCGAAGAGCGCGUCGAGCGUCGCCUUGGAAUAUUACAAGAACACGCCGGUGCAGGGUCGCACGCGAAAGAUCAGCAUGCCCACGGGACGUGAGAUCAGCGGUCAGAUGCACAGCACGCCGACGUUGCACGCCGUGCCGGAGCGCGGCGGUGCCAUGGUCGAGUCCGGCAAGUAUCCGAGAGCGGCGAGGUCACCGCUGCACUCGCCCAGCACGUCGUCUUUCAACUACGUCAGCACGCCGUACCACGGCAGCACGCUGUCGGUUCUGCACGCGGAACGCGCGUCCACGUUGACGCUGAACGCCAUCUCCAGCACGUUCACGAGAAAGUCGACGACGAGGGAGAAGAAGAAGCAGCGCGUGCACGACGAGAAGGAUCAGCAGAACAAAUUCUUCGAUUUCAGCUUGCUCAAGGAUCCCAUCUACCUCGUCAUCCUCAUCUCCAACUCCACGAACGCCAUCAGCUACACCAAUUUCGUCAUCCUCCUGCCGGCCUACGCCAUUUCGCUGGGUUUCAACAAUUGGGACUCGUCGCUGUUGCUGUCGAUCGUCUCCAUGCUCGAUCUGGUAGGCCGUAUCGGCGGCUCCGCUCUCUCGGACAUCAGGAUCAUGCCCAAGCAUUGGUACUUCAUCGGCGGUCUGCUCGCCUCCGGCAUCUCUCUGGCCAUCCUGCCCACCUCCGACACGUACGUCAUACUGUCCGUUUACUGCGCCUUCUUCGGCCUCGCGUCCGGCAUCUACGUCGGCAUCACCGCCGUCAUUAUGGCCGAUAUGCUGGGCACGGAGAAGCUCACCUCGUCCUACGGCAUCUCGUUGUUCGUCAACGGUGUCAUCCAGUUGGUGGGUCCGCCGAUUUGCGGCAUAGUGUACGAGCAGAUCGGCAGCUACGGGCCAAUCUUCAGUAUACUUGGCAUCAUUCUGGUGUUCGGCGCGUCUCUCUGGAUCAUAGUGCCGUUCAUCCGAAAGAGGCAGGCAGCGUUGGAAAGCCCGCCAGUAUAGACAAAGUAUAA